CAUCAUCGUCUUCUUCAGUCAUCCAUCGUCUUUCUCCGAUUCCUUCAAUACUCCACCUGAUCGCAGCAGAACAGAGCACGACUAAUGGCGAAAGCGGCCGCUCUCUCCUUCUUGUUUCUCCUCUCGUUCAUUUCAGGAGGAGAUUUUCUUGCGGUAAAUGGACUGGUGAACGCGACGUUACCAAAUCAGAAGACGUGGUGCCUCCCGAAGCCAUCGUCGGAUCAAGCGACGCUGUUAGGGAAUAUCAAUUUCGCUUGUUCGAAGGUAGAUUGCAAAAUAAUACAAGAAGGAGGCUCCUGCUUUGAUCCUGAUACUCUGUUCAACCAUGCCUCUGUAGCUAUGAGUCUGUACUACAAUGCGGAAGGAGACGAUCAGUGGAACUGUGAUUUCAGAGGCUCUGGUGUGAUUGUCAUCACUAAUCCAAGUUAUGGAAACUGCAUUUACCCUUGAAUCAGUAUACAAUAUAUGAAAACUUGGAUCUUAUAUUUAUUGAUGUUGUGAUGUAUAUGGAAAGAGAUGGAUGUUGAA